AUGAACGAGAUAAUUGAUGGUCGCUUCGAGCGCGUCGAGAAUGCUCUAGCCAAAUUGAUCAAUUCAAUUUCUGCAUACAAUCCCUCUCCAGCUCUUGCGACUGACUUGGUAACCGCCGACGCUGAACUCAGUCAAGGUCUCGAACAAUUAUCAACUCACCAAACGAACUAUUCCAGAAUUGUGUCUCUGCGUAAUACCUCUGCUGCCCUCGACCAGCAAAUCAAAGAAACCCUCACCCUCCUCACCGAUACGCGACGCGCCCUGCUCAGCACGCCAGCAACCACCUUCCCCGAGGCUACAAACCCAGUCUCAUACUCCGAGCUCCUAUCUUACGCUCGAAGAAUCAGCAAAUUCACGUUGCCAAGUACAUAUCGUGAGCUCGAGACCCCUGGCGAAAACGCCGAAGCAGCAGGCAAUACACCGAAAGAAACCAAACCCGAAAGCCAAACCAAUGGUGCCGCCACACCAGUAGCAGCAAGCAAUGGAGUGGAUAAGGACACACAGAUGAGCGGUACUGCUGUGGAUGGUGACACCGCAACUCCCUCCGCGACGCAGUCACAAACACAGACACAAUCUCAGAAUACGACUUCCACCGGCACAUCUCUCCCUGAAGGCUACACGCAAUUCCUCAAUCCUCUUGCUGAUAUUCCCUUCAUCCCAUGGCCAACAGAGGAACAUAUGAGAAGGGGUGUCUUGGCUAGUAUACAAGUAUUAUUAGAUCAGAACAUCGAUCCCGCGACAUUUGAUCCGGCAAAGAGCGCCGAGUUAGAGGAGGAGCGGAAGAGGGUUGCCGAAGAGGAAGACAGGGCUAGAGAAGAGGAGAAGGCAAGGAUGGAGGAGGAGAGAAGGAUUGAGAUGGAAAGGAGGGCGAGUGUUAGUGGGAACUCUGCUGCACCAGCGAGAGAGCAGGAACGACCAAGCGUGUUCCAGUUGGAGACAUUUGAUGACGACGAGGAGUCUGAUUGA